CAAACACACAGACAGCGCGUCGUUGAAGAAGCAACCAUAACAACCCCCCAAACCGCUUUUUCCCCCCUCUGUAACCGCCGUUCCUUCCUUCUUAUUCAUACUCUUACGAUUGCAUACUUUUCUGGUCUUUUCAGCUCCAAAAAGUCGUUUCGUUUGCGUGUGGCUCGUGGGAACGGGAUCUAACACAUUAAAAACUCGUGCUCAACCAUUUUAUCAUUUUGUUCUAUAUUCUUUUCUUUCCCUCCGUGGAAUGAAGAGAAGGAUUCAUACUGGUCACAAUCUCAAGGAAUAAAGAGGCAAAAACAAAAAUUCUUCUACCGUUGUGUUUAGCUUUUGGGGAGCUUCUGAGCCUUCUUGUUGACUUGGUGUUGUUGAAUUGAAAUGAUGUUGAAUCGCGGGUCAAAUGUUUCGGCCGAAGGGGGUGGAGAUGAGCUGUAUUCGCAGCUAUGGAAGGCAUGUGCGGGACCACUGGUGGACGUUCCUCGUGUUGGAGAGAGGGUCUUCUACUUCCCUCAGGGGCACAUGGAACAAUUAGAGGCAUCAACGAAUCAGGAAUUGAAUCAGAGGAUUCCGUUGUUCAAACUUCCCUCGAAGAUCCUUUGUCGCGUCGUGAACAUUCAUUUGCUGGCUGAACAAGAAACUGAUGAGGUUUAUGCACAGAUUACUUUGGUGCCGGAAUCUAAUCAAGCUGAUGAGCCUACCCAGCACCCAUGGCGGCUUUUCUGUUCUCAGGAAACAUGCCACAGAAUGCCUUCCUGCUUUGGACAUGUCCCAACCAACACCGACUCAGGAAUUGGUUGCGAAGGAUCUUCAUGGUUAUGAAUGGCGCUUCAAGCAUAUAUUUCGAGGUCAACCACGCAGACACUUGCUCACAACAGGGUGGAGUACUUUUGUGACUUCCAAAAGAUUGGUUGCUGGAGACACCUUUGUAUUCUUGAGAGGGCAGAAUGGGGAAUUGCGCGUAGGAGUGCGCCGUCUUGCUCGUCAGCAGAGUAACAUGCCAUCAUCUGUAAUUUCCAGUCAGAGCAUGCACCUCGGUGUGCUUGCUACUGCCUCUCAUGCUGUUGCUACUCAGACACUUUUCGUAGUUUAUUACAAGCCACGCACGAGCCAGUUCAUCAUCAGCCUCAACAAGUAUUUGGAUGCUGUCAACAACAAAUUUAGUGUUGGGAUGAGGUUUAAGAUGAGGUUCGAAGGGGAUGAUUCCACAGACACUGAUAAAAGAUUUUCGGGUACCAUUGUUGGAUUGGAAGAUAUAUCUCCUCAUUGGGAAAAUUCUAAGUGGCGAUCACUUAAGGUUCAAUGGGAUGAACCUGCAGCUGUUCCAAGACCUGAUAGGGUUUCCCCAUGGGAGAUGGAACCCUACGUGGCUCCUGCUCUUACAUCCUCAGUUCAACCUGCUGUUGUAAAGGCCAAAAGGCCUCGACCACCAAGUGAACAUCCCGAUCUCGAUACCCAAUCGGCUGCCUCAGUUUUCUGGGAUUCAGGUCUAACACAGGCUGAUAUGACACAGCAUAGUGUGAUGGCCGAAAGUAAAAGGAGUGAUACUACCAGCGUGUGGCAUCAUAAGCAGAUCGAUAUGAAUAGUAAAAGCAACAGCAAUCUGAUGUCAAGGAAUCAGACAGAAGGAAGUUGGCUAUCUUCCCCCCAUUCUUCUUGUCCUUCGCAAUUAUUUCAGGACACAAUGGAUGACAGCAAGAGCGUCUCAGCUUGGCCUGCUCCAAAUCCACACUCGUCUAGAUUGAACAAUGAUCAUGUGCAUGAUCAGGUUGACAAGGAAAACAAAGCUGAGACUGCUACGAGUUGUCGACUUUUUGGCAUUGACCUUAUUGAUCAUUCCCGGAACUCGUCUGCUGUAGAGAAGGCGGCUGCACAGGCGGUAAACAUUCACAGUUUCACCUCUGAAGGCUGUGUGAGCAGAGUUUCCAAAACCGAGGCAGGUCAAAAGUUUGAUGCCUCGAAGACUGGUAAGGAGAAGAAACAAGAGCAGCAGCAAGUAUUGCCAAAAGAGACUCAGAGCAAGCAAAUAUGUAGCAGAAGUCGCACCAAGGUUCAAAUGCAGGGUGUCGCAGUAGGUCGUGCCGUGGAUCUGACUAUGUUGGAUGGCUAUGAGCAUCUUAUUGUUGAAUUGGAGGAGUUGUUCGACAUAAAAGGGCAGCUUCAAGACAGGAAUAAGUGGGAAAUUGUCUUCACUGAUGAUGAGGGAGAUAUGAUGCUGGUGGGAGACGAUCCAUGGCCUGAAUUCUGCCACAUGGUUAGGAGAAUUUUUAUCUGUUCCAGUCAAGAUGUGAAGAAGAUGAGCACAGGAAGCAAACUACCAAUCUCUUCAAUCGAAGAAGGCACUGUAAUAAGUUCAGAAACUGCUGAAACAUGAGAAAGGAAAACAAAAAAAAAAACUGACUUUCCUUUUCCUGUCUUCUUUUCCAAUCUGUGGAUCCUUUGUUGCAAUUAUUGGUUCUUUGUGGGGGCUGGGUGGCAAAGAAGUUGGCCUAUUUUGGGCUAGGCCAAAGUUUCAUGUUAUUAUUUAGAUAUGAAACACUAGGUAACUGUAACUCCACUUUGUAGAGACUGCAGGUUAUUUAAUUGUCCUAGAGAAGAGACCCCAGAAAAAAGUAGAUUUAUUACCAUAAUAAAAUUAGUGGGGGAGAUGGAAAAAAUUUAUUAGGUGUGGUAGCAUAUGUGAAUAUGAAGUUUAAGUGGGAAAACAAAUGUUGGGGAGGGUUGAUGUUUAAUAAAAACAAUUGCCUUCUUUUGUUAAAAGGGGCUAAUAUUAUUUGUGCUGAACUCUGCAUUAUAAUGCAUAGUGUGGUAGAUUCCCUAUUCUGAACUAAAA